GGACAAUAAGGUUGUUAAAGUGUCAGCAAGACAAACAAUAGCUUGCUAUUAAUGACCCAACCAUGUGCUGACCUUGUCCUGCAUGCAUUGAUACCACUCCAAUAUUAUGAUUUCUUUUUGCCUCCAGUUGUCGCAAGUUGUUUGCUAAAGAGCAAUUCGAUGGAGACAAAUUAACAUAAAUACUGCCAUUUAAUUCCAUCUAUUCCUAUUUCAUCAAGUUACUAUCUUCCCGGUCAUCUUCAGGGACUCCCCCAGUUUCACAACCAAGAAACUAGACUUCUUCCUAUCCAAAUUGCAGUCUUGGGGAUUAUAUAAAGAGAUAAAAUGUCCGCGAGUGCCUCUGACAGUUCCAAUGGCUCAGGUAGAGCUCCUGAUCCGAAGUGUGAAGUUUGCCAUGGAAUUGGCCACUAUGAGGACUAUGACUCGGAAAUUAUACGCACAGAAUGCGAAGUUUGCGAAGGAACAGGACUUUUUUCCGAAUACUUGGAUUGUGGGCGCUGUCGUGGAAGGGGAAUCCGCGAGCGCGAAUCGGAAUACCUGGUUGAAAAGGAAUGCAACUGCCGCAAACCUUCACGCAAGUGAGGUUUAAUGUCAAAUAGAAAAGUGUUCACUCGGACUUCGCGCGAGCUAGUGGGGAUCAGAAAGCAAGGCAACAAGCGC